AUGGAUUGGAAGCAGAUGAUCCUAACUGAUGCAGGUAUUGACUGGGAUCAAGCAGCCCAUGUUUAUGAGAGUAUAAUUGCCUGCGAGGAUGAGACUUUCCGGGUGAAAGCCACUCUUGAGCUCGCCCGUCUCUCAAAAGAUGCACCAGAGCCUGUCUUGGCAGGCCUUGUUCCGAUUCUUGUCGACCUCCUUGGUGGCUCGCACUUUAUGAUUCAUGCUGCUGCUGCUGCUUAUGCUUUGUGCUGCCUUGCUUGCAGGGCUGACGGUAACUUGUGCCCUAGGAUUGGCCAAUUUGGGGCAAUCCCGCUAAUUCUAAGAUUGCUAUCUGAGUCAAAUGAUUGCAUUCGGAGGACAUUGCUUAAAUGCCUUAGCGCCAUUGUUGCUUUUGACAGCCCCAAUCGGGUAAUUCUGGCAAGAAAUGGAGGGUUAGAAAUCAUUUUGGAUUUGCUUGCUACCUGCACUGAUGAUAUGAAGCGGUACUUGUUGGAGAUUCUCAGUGCAUUGGCAAUGUUGAGAGAGGUGAGGAGGGUUAUUAUAAACCUUGGUGGACUUCCCUUCCUCCUUGAAGCUGUAUCAUCUGGUAAAUUGUCCUCAAGAACCCGAGCUGCUCAGGGCAUUGGGUUGCUAGAAGAGUUCGGCAUAUGCUUGUAG